AUGACUGUUUGCCCUACCGACGAUAGACAUGUGGCCGUUUUGGCCUUUCCCUAUGGCACACACGCUGCUCCGCUUAUGAACCUGGUGCGUAGGGCGGCGGCGGAGGCACCGGAAGUGACGUUCUCGUUCUUCAGCACAAAAAGGUCGAAUGCUUCCGUCUUCGCUGGGUUGAACCAGGAGCAGCUUCAUAACAUUAGGCCUUAUGACAUUGAUGAUGGGUUGCCGGAGGAUUUUGUACCCUCGGGGAACCCCCAAGACCCCGUUGCUUACUUUGUUAAGGCCAUGCCCGCUAACUAUAGGACGGCCAUGGAUGAGGCCGUAGCGAAAACGGGGAGGCGCGUCACUUGUUUGGUUUCUGACGCGUUCUUUUGGUUUUGUGCUGACAUGGCUGACGAAUUGCAUGCCAAGUGGAUUCCUCUGUGGACCGCAGGGCCUCACCCUCUCCUUGCUCACAUUUCUUCUCAUCAAAUCAGGGAAACGUUGGGCCCCGAUGGAGUCAUUAAAAACAAAGAAAUCGAUUUCCUUACUGGUUUCAAUGGGUUGAGGGCUUCUGACUUGCCUGAAGGAUUAACUGAAGAGCCUGAAGACCCUUUUUCAAUGAUGUUAGACAAAAUGGGAGACGCUUUGCCGCGAGCAACCGCAGUUGCCAUAAACUCCUUCAAUGCAGUACACCUUCCUAUUGCGCACGAACUAGAAUCCAGGUUCCACAUGCUUCUGAAUGUUGGUCCAUUCAUUCUGACAACACCACAAUCUGUUACUCCUGAUGAUGAAGGGUGCUUACCCUGGUUGGAAACGCAAGAGGAAAGGUCAGUGGUGUAUAUUAGCUUCGGAAGUUUGAUAAUACCACCACAAGAGGAGUUGUUUGCAUUGGCAGGUGCCCUAGAAGAAGGUAAGUAUCCAUUUAUAUGGGCCUUUAGGGGUAACCCUGAGAAACAAUUGCCACAAGGGUUCUUGGAAAACACUAAAACGCAAGGGAAGGUCGUAGGCUGGGCCCCGCAAAUGCAAAUCCUUAAACAUUCAGCAAUUGGUGCGUGCAUGACACAUGGUGGAUGGAACUCUAUUUUGGAUUGCAUAGUUGGUGGUGUGCCUAUGAUUAGUAGGCCAUUUUUUGGAGAUCAGAUGUUGAACACUGCUACACUUGAACAUGUGUGGGAGAUUGGUGUGGGACUUGAAAACAAUGUUUUCACUAAAGAAGAAACUCUGAGAGCUUUGGAAUUAAUCAUCACAAGUGAGAAAGGGAAGAUGAUGCGGGAGAAGGUAGUGGAGCUCAAGGAUUUUGCAAUGGAAGCAGCGGGACCUGAAGGUGACUCUACCAAGAAUUUCUGUACUUUUGCUGGUAUUCUUUCAGGUACACAUUCUGAGAAACUGCACCAGCAUCCACAUGGUUUCAGAGGUAUCCGCAGCAAAAUUGCAGGCGCAUUUGCUGCCGCACAAAACAAAUUUAAUCGUCGACACCAUCCAAAGCAUUAA